AUGGUGAUGGACUCUGGGAAUGAUGGACGCUGGGAAGGGAACACUCUGGGGGCCAAUGUCACUGAGUUGGACACCACAGCCAACGUGACAUCCCUGCCCAGUAAGGUGGAGGAAGCGGCCAAAGUGAAUGAUGUCCUUACCAAGGUGACCGGCAUCAGCAGCUCAGUCAGCCCCGUCGUCACGGUGACCCAGAGGCCCGGCCACAUGCCCCUCUCCGAAGAGGAGCAAGGCAGCGGCAUGCUGGGAGAAGGGGUGUUGCCAGCCGAGGAGGAGGUGGUGGCCCCGCCCAGGAUCAGCCCUGACUCAGCAGAGACAGAGCUCCUGCUGCCUAGCAACCCCCGUGGCACGGAGGAGGAAGAGGAUGAAGAGGAGCACACCGACCCACCGUGGCUGAACGCCAGAGACAAUGUCUUCGACCUGGACCGCCACUUCCAAGAAGAAGUAGCCAAUCUGGCCACCACCACUGCCCCUCCACCCGCCGCUGCUAACCCCUCCCGCCCGGACGUCCUCACGGUGGACUUCUUCGACCCCGCCUCUCGCGGCCGCGGCCUGGACCUAGCCCCGCCCUCUCCCUCCUCUUUGGCCCACGAGCUCCAGGGUGGCGACCCCACUUCCUGGGCCAUGCCAGACAACUACGACUACCUCACGCCGUAUGAAGACGGUGCGUCGCCCACCCCUGAUGAGUACUCCUACAGUACCACUACUGAUACCUUGGAUGGGGAUGACGACUUGAGGCUAACUGCCGGGCCUCCAUCGCGCUCCAGGCCCAGGGCUCCCCCAGGUUCCGGCUCCCUUACCCCAGACAAGAGGCUGCCCAGUGGGGGUGUUGCUGCUGCUCCAGAGGGCCCUGCGGCAGCCCCUCCAGCGUUACCCGUGGAUGGCUCAGACGGGGCCGGUGGCUGCCGCCAGGGCUACGUGAAACAGAAUGGAACCUGCCGCUCCCCCUGCGACACACUGCCCAGCUACUGCUUCAACGGAGGCCAGUGCUACCUACUGGACGGAAUGGGGGUCUUCUGCAGGUGUAAUGUCCAGGACUACAUCUGGCACAAGGGUUCCCGCUGUGAGUCGGUGGUGACAGAGUUCCAGGUGCUGUGUCUGACCAUCGGGGCGUCGGCCCUCAUGGUGCUGCUGCUUUUCAUGAUCAUCGUCUGCUUCGCCAAGAAGCUCCACGUGCUCAAGACCGAGAACAGCAAGUUGCGCAAACGCAGUAAGUACCGGCCUCCAUCGGAGCAGCACAAUGAUAAUUUCUCCCUGUCCACCAUCGCUGAGGGCUCCCACCCAAAUGUAAGGAAACUGUGCGACACCCCUCCUAACGUCCCUCAUGCCCGUGCUUUGGCUUACUAUGAUAACAUUAUCUGUCAGAAGACCAUGAGCAGAUACACCUGGGAGUGUAAGACCAAAGAGGAGCCCGACAGUGAGGAUGAUCCUAAUGCCCAGAACAAGCUGGAGGACCCCGUGAAGGCCCCGGUGCCCAAGGAGGACGACUCCCUGAACAUCCACAACUCCCUGACCCCCAAACACGAGAACCACAAGGUACUGGGCGAGGAGAACUCCUCGGAGGUAAACUCACUGCAGAACAACAUGAUGUAGAAGCCUGGGUCGGGAUGAGAGCUCCAGUCCUGCUCUCUAUCCCAGCCACCACGCCUACAACUGCUACCACCAGCCAACCACCGUCUACAACACGGCAACACUGCCACCAAGCGGCCCACGCCGCUGGAAAAAAAAAACACACCACCCCAGCUGAAACUCCCC